AGCCAUACUCAACCGGUGACACCAGCCGUCUGGGCCCUACCUGAUGGGGUUUCACAUUGUAUGUCCAAUAUCCUCUGGCUGAUAUAACCAUUACAGGUGAGCCAGAUGCUACAAUCAGGAAUAAAGUAGGAGGCCUCAUUCUCAGAGGGUCUGGCCCAGGAACAUUUUUGUCAAUUUGCCCACCACUAGGCAUGAUCAAAUAAACCAAAGAGGAAGAAAGCCUCAAUUCACAGCUGAUUGCUGUUUGGGGGCAACCAGUGCGAUAACACGGGGGAUUUCAACUCCAUUUGCAAUGCGGAGAUGAGUUUUUAUCAGUUCCUCACUAGCUAACCCAUCUGAAAGCUAACCAUUCACAGUAAAGUCAAAGUGACCGCUUCUCCUGAGCGCGCUGGGACCCGGGACCCUUGCUGCAGUACUUGCACCUGGACAAUCCACGCCAGAAACAACAGACGCAAAGAAACUUUAAGGGACUAAAAAUAACUGCACGCAUGCGCAGUUGGAGCAAAUUAAGACGGUACAGAAAGGCCACAACCCAGGACCACCUCUGAGGGGCCAGGAGCAAAACCAGGUGCUGUGCGUAAUCCCUGCACACACCACCACCAGGGGGGUGGGAAGGCCACCUAAGCCGCCCUCCCACUUAACCCACCAAUCGGCUCCCACCCUCACCUCUUUAAGAGACCAGCUCGCCCGCUGCACCCCGCCCUCGAGAACAGCCUAAGUGCGCCUGUUCCUUGUUAAGGAGCCUUGAUAAAGCCUGGCCUGAGUUGCUCGUCUGGCCUCAUCAAUUUCUGCUGAUUAAAGAGUCUGAGGACCCAGGUCAGCAACCCUCCCACCUUGUGAACCUUCGCGGGGACCCUGCAGCAGAGGCUGGAUGGACUGAGGCCAUCACGGGCACGUCAACAAUCAUUUUGGGGGCCUGAGGGUUCACGCUCCUCUGCUUGGGUGUCUGGUGGGAGGAUUCUGAGCCCCAGAAGGAACCGGGGUGGGCUUCUGGGUGUGACAGAGACCUCAGGGGCCCCUCUUAUAUGUAUGGCAGCCUAGCUCUGUGGUACUGGGCUCCUCUCCCAUUUCCCCCUUCGUUGUGAAAAGUAAAUGAAAUGAUUCUUUGCGGUGUGUGGCUCAGAGCAAGAGCCGUGAGGUGUUAACAAUUAUUACCAACAGAGCACGUGUUUUCUCAGCAUCUCUCUCUAAAUAACCAGCAGGCUUCAUCCCAGUAGGAUCCUUAUAAAGUAUCUCCUACAAAAAGAGCAAGUUUCAGCUCUCCCAAAGCACAAAGCUGUCUGAGCCACAAAGUUCUGGGCUUUCUUCUUAAAAGGUUGAAGUCAUCACAGAACAAGAAAGGCAGGAGAUCUGGUUAAAAAGAUGCCAGAACCUCAUCACAGAAGGUGGUCCCUGCAACCACCUUCGGGCUGCAUGUGACAAAGCGAGAGCAUGGCGAAGAUUAGCACCCAAUACUCCCACCCCACCAGGACCCACCUCGCGGUAAGGACCACGGACAGAGAUCUCGAUCACAUUGAAAAUGGCCUCAGCAGGACCCACUCGCCAGGCGAGGAGAUAUCCACAGAACUUCAGGAAGAUAUCGCCAUGGAGACCAGAGGACUGGCUGAGUCCAGGCGAAGCUCCUUCACCAGUCAGAGGCCAGCCAGGUUGUCACGCCUCAUCAUCUCGCUGCACGCCUGGGCAGCCAGGCACUUACACCGUGAGGAUCAGAGGCCGGACUCCUUCCUGGAGAGUUUCCGUGGAGCUGAGCUCAAGGAGGUGUCCAGCCGAGACAGCCAUGCCCCAUCCAACAUGGGCAGCCAGGAGCCGCCAGACAGAGGGAGAAGAAAGAAGAAGGAAACCAUCGUGGUGGACCCGUCCAGCAACCUGUACUACCACUGGCUGACUGUCAUCGCCGUGCCAGUCUUCUACAACUGGUGUCUGCUUGUGUGCAGGGCCUGUUUCGAUGAGCUUCAGUCUGAGCACCUGAUGCUUUGGCUGGUCCUGGACUACUCGGCAGACAUCCUCUACGGCUUGGAUUUGCUAGUCCGAGCCCGGACAGGCUUCCUGGAGCAAGGCUUGAUGGUCACGGAUGCCGACCGGCUGUGGAAGCACUACAGGAAGACUAUGCACUUCAAGCUGGAUACAUUGUCCCUGGUCCCCACGGACCUGGCUUUUUUCAAGGUGGGCAUGAACUACCCAGAACUGAGGUUCAACCGCCUACUGAAGUUGGCCCGGCUCUUUGAAUUCUUCGACCGCACAGAGACGAGGACCAACUACCCCAACAUGUUCCGAAUUGGGAACCUGGUCUUGUAUAUCCUCAUCAUCAUCCACUGGAAUGCCUGCAUCUACUUUGCCAUCUCCAAGUUCAUUGGUUUUGGGACAGAUUCCUGGGUCUACCCAAACAUCUCCAUCCCGGAGUAUGGACGCCUCUCCAGGAAGUACAUCUACAGUCUCUAUUGGUCCACCUUGACCCUGACCACCAUUGGCGAGACCCCACCCCUCAAAGAUGAGGAGUAUCUCUUUGUGGUCAUAGACUUCCUGGUGGGCGUCCUGAUUUUUGCCACCAUUGUGGGCAAUGUGGGCUCGAUGAUCUCGAACAUGAAUGCCUCACGGGCUGAGUUCCAGGCCAAGAUCGACUCCAUCAAGCAGUACAUGCAGUUCCGCAAGGUGACCAAGGACCUGGAGACGCGGGUGAUCCGGUGGUUCGACUACCUGUGGGCCAACAAGAAGACAGUGGAUGAGAAGGAGGUGCUCAAGAGCCUCCCGGACAAGCUGAAGGCAGAGAUCGCCAUCAACGUGCACCUGGACACGCUCCGGAAGGUCCGUAUCUUCCAGGACUGUGAGGCAGGGCUGCUGGUGGAGCUGGUGCUGAAGCUGCGGCCUGCUGUGUUCAGCCCUGGGGACUACAUCUGCAAGAAGGGGGACAUCGGGCGGGAGAUGUACAUCAUCAAGGAGGGCAAGCUGGCCGUGGUGGCCGAGGACGGGAUCACCCAAUUCGUGGUGCUCAGUGAUGGCAGUUACUUUGGGGAGAUCAGCAUCUUGAACAUCAAGGGCAGCAAGUCGGGGAACCGCAGGACAGCCAACAUCAGGAGCAUUGGGUACUCGGACCUCUUCUGCCUCUCCAAGGAUGACUUGAUGGAGGCGCUCACUGAAUACCCAGAGGCCAAGAAGGCGUUAGAGGAGAAGGGGCGGCAGAUCCUGAUGAAGGACAACCUCAUCGACGAGGAGCUGGCCAAGGCCGGGGCAGACCCCAAGGACCUUGAGGAGAAGGUGGAGCACCUGGAGACCUCCCUGGACACCCUGCAGACCCGGUUUGCGAGGCUCCUGGCUGAGUACAACGCCACCCAGAUGAAAGUGAAGCAGCGGCUCAGCCAGCUGGAAAGCCAGGUGAAGAUCAGCCUUCCGCCUGAAGGGGAUGUGCCUGGGGAUGUGCAGGGGGACGAGCCCCAAACGGAGACCAAACAGCAGUGAAAAUGCAGCUCUGUCUCCGGCUUCACAGAGUCAGCCGUCCUCGUGAUGCUGUGUGGCCCCGGCUCCAUGGUGCUGGAUUUGGCUGGGUUGAAUUCCAGAUUUCUUUACCCUUUGCAAGCCCUGGGGCCUUGGGAGAGAUCCUCAGUUUCCUCAUCUAGAAAAGGGACCUCAUUAAGUCCCCAGUUAAGUGGCAGGCUGCUGUGAGCUCCAUGUGAGAUGCUGCAUGGGGGUGGGGGGGGCUUUGUACAGUGUGAGAUGUCCCCAAUGCAAGAGUAUGAAAGUGUGAGCACAGAACUCUUAUUUUUUUAUCCAUGAAUAUUUAGACUUUUGAACUUUUUUUGUUUUUGGCCACACCGUGGCAUGUGGAAUUUCCCAGGCUAGGAAUUGAACCCUCGCCACAGCAGUGACCCAAGCCACUGGGGUGAUGAUGCUGGAUCCUUAAUCCAUGGCGCCAUCAGAGAACUCCCUGAACUUAUACUUUUUUUGUAAAUGGAAGAUUAUUUAGUCACCCACCCCCUUCCGCCCCUGAACCCGCCACCUUCUGAUGAGGGAGAUGUAAUAGACCCCAAAUAUUCAUGGACAUCAAGUUUGAUGCAUGAGACAGUUUGGGGCAUGUUUCUGACUCUGGUAUCUCCUCCUGUGCUCUUUGGGAUCCUAGCAACCCUGGCCUUUGGUGGCACUCUGACAAACACCAGGGUUGAAGCCAGGUCGCCCCAGCUGAGGUUACUUCAAGUCUGAGAAGCAAAUGCAGGCUCCCAGCCAUCCAACCCCUGGGGAACUGGAACCUGAUUCAUAGAAAAGAGCAUCCGUUAGGGAAAGAGACACCACCUAAAUCACCACCUGGGCUCAAAGACAGCCUCCCUCCUGGUCCUUGAGUCGGGGCUCUGGGGCAGCAUGCUCUGUUGAGAGCAGAGCCUCUCAGUUUGGGGUCAGAAUGGGGUCCUCAAACAAGCUGAGUGUGAGGACUUUGGGGCCAUAACUUUGCAGGCUGCUCCUCCACCCCGGAAGAGGAAGCCUCGCAAUCCUGGGUUAUUACCUCCUGGGGCGAAGCCCUUAGCUAGCCAAAAAUGUACUGAGUGGAGAACUAGCUCUUUUUGUUUUAUCCUGUAAAUAGAAUUCCAUUAACAUUUCGUUUUAGAAGCUAGCUAUAGAUUUGGGUUCUGUGAUUGUGAAUUAUUACCUUAACGGCCCAUCCUUUCCUUAAUACACAUUGUAAAUAACUCCGAGACAAAUUGCUCUCCUGAUGCAGAGAAGCCAUACACGCAGGUUUUCCUGCACUUUUCUUCAGUCUCUCUGCUUCUGUCUUUGUCUCUGUCUCCCCUUCUUCCUUCUUUCUCUUAUCUUCCUCUUCUUCUUCCCUCUUCUCGGACAAGAUGCCCCAUUUGCUUUGGCAACUUUGGCCUCUGUGGUCUGAUGUUAUCAUCUAUAUGCUACAUAACUGGGCCCUCACGUAGUUUGGACAAAAGGUGCUGGAUUUUCAAGUAUGCAUUUUGGAUUUACAUGGGUCUCGUCUAGUUUUUACAAUGGGUCAUUUGACCAUUUUAGCUUUUUAAAAAAAAUGAAUUUAAAAGGCCUUUUAAAGGAAGGCGUGCUCCAAGCUCGUACCAUCGGUAAAAAUGUAACUAACAACGUGUUAUCAAAAUGCAUAUGUUUUAAAAAGCCUUAAAUAUUAAUUAUGCCUAUGUUCGUGUUUGCACAGGAGAAAUAGAGACAUGGAUUUUAAAAAUACUGAAUGACUCCUGCUUCAUAUUUUGUCGUAAGGGAAGAUUCAGUCCUGGGGUCUGUGUUUAGGGCAAUGACUCUUGCUUCCCCCUCAAAGAACAGGACAGCACACGCUCCAUGUGAGGAAAUGUGUACAAAAGCAGGUAAGAAAAUGCAACCCUUCUCAGAGCGAAUAAUUCAAAGCAUUCAGGGGUUAUAAGAAGUGCA